AAAAAGCAUACGUCCACACGUACACAAUCCGUUCGAAAAAAAAAAAACAAAAUAAAGGUGUAUCAUUACUCGGCGUGUCGCAUGCUAUAUUGCUUGGCUUGAAAGAGUCGAAAGCGCAAAGUCGCCGCGGACUAACGUGCGCAGGCUAAUCGCUACUUUCAAAUUAAAUUGAAAGAAAGAAAAAAAAAAACGCAAAACAUUCUUGUUCAAAAAUUCAAUUUACGAACGUAAUGCCGGCACGUUUGUAAACAUGACGUGAAAACAAUUGAAUGGUUGGCCAUUCGAAUCGAUAAUUUGAAAAAGAAAGAAACAAAAUUUUCACGGAGCACUGCUUCAGCUUUUGCUUUAACGUUUUCUUUUUCCCGCUUCAAUUCUUCGAUACAGUGACUUGUGUUUUCCGUUCUGUAUUUUGAUAACCACAACAAUUAAAAAUUUUAAUAUUACGAUUUAGAGUGAGCAUUUUAAAGUUGGUGCAGUGUGUAGAUUUUUCUUUUUCCAUUUCAACGUGCUGCGUGGGCGCGUAAAAAAUUUAAAAAACAAUUUCUUUAUUAUAAUAUGGGUAUUAUAUGGAGAUACACCAUGCCGUUGUUGAGCACGCUGGCUGCUUUAGUGAUAAUUGUGCAUUCCGCGGAGGAAGACUUGGAGUACCGACAGGAUUUACGACCAUUGAUUUUGGACAGCGGAACCCCGAUUUCCGAGAAGCCAUGGAGAGUUGUCGAAACAGAACCAAGCAUUUUAAAAUCAACACAAAGUCAUGUAUGGAACUAUGAACAGCACGAGGAAACACCAAGAAGACGAAGGCCAAGACGUAAACGCAAAAGACGACCGUCACCUUCCGACGACUUAGUUCCAGAAGAAAGAUACGUGUUCCCCGAAGAGCCACCUAGACCAUACUUCGAUUUAGAUCAAUCGUCGUACGUUACAACAGAUGUACCAAAGAGAAGACGUAAAAAAAUUGAUCCUAGGCCAAGCGAAUGGAGAGAAGAGGUCACAGAGGAGAGGCUAUCAAAAAGACGAGGUUUGAGACGAAGAAGACCAACUUCGAGCACUUGGCCUGAAUUCAAUGAAUACAAUGCAGGUCCACCCGAAGAAGCACCAGUUGAAGUGGUCAUUGAGCGAGACGAACCAUUACAUUCGGAAGAUAAAAUUAUAUCGGAUAAACAUCGAAAUCGUUUUGUAAAAAAAGAUAAAGGUGAAGUCAACGACGAAGACUUUGUACAGGAAGCAGCCGUAGAAAAUAACGAAUUCGUUCCCCAAAUAGAAGAGGAAAAACAUAUAGAUAGAAAUAAGAAAAGAGAUAACGAGCCAAACAUAGAAGAUAAGUUUUCAUCAGAAUUUUCAUAUGAAGUGGUACCUAGAGAAAUCAAAACGCGACCGGUUGAAGAAACUUUGAGUAGAAGUGGACAUCUUAGAAACAAAUCACAUGGAGUUGAAAAUAAAAAUAAGGAGACUUCAAUAGAUCCGAUGACAUUGAAAAGAAUUAUAAAACAAUCAAACGGAACCAGUUUAAGUGAGGUGUUGCAACAACAUAAUUUGACAUUGCUUGAUCUACUUCGCGGGAACGAGAAGGCCUUAGCCAUAUUGAAGACAGAAAGCUCAUCGGAAAUCGAGCAACAAAUCCAAACUGGAAAUAAAAACGAUGAAACCAUAGUCAAUGAAGAUGCGAUUAAAAAUACACAAGAUAACGAGAAUAGUGAAGCCAACUCACAAGUUAGCACACAUGAAUCAACAGAGAUUGUGGUGGAAAACAGUACUGCAACCACUGAAGUAAAUCAAGAAGAGCAGCAACUAAAACUCGAAAUAUCCAUUACUACCGAAGCACAGCCAGUAACUACUCAUAGAGCUGUAACGAUUCGUAGGUUCUCACCAUUAAUACGUAGAAAAUUACGAAUGCGACCUAUGUUAAAUGCAACAAUCGUUAAAAAUCAUGUAAACAAAGAUUUGAUAGCGUUAAAUGCAAGAAAAUAUGCUCUUCAUAGAAGAAAUUUUACGAAAACAAAUGAAUCUAAACAUAUUCUUCCUAAAAAUACACAUGUUUCACCCGAUCCUACAACUGAGAUUGAUCAUCCAACUACUACAUUGGCAUCGACAACUGAGGAAAUACCAACGCAACAAGUAUUUACUAAGUACGAAAAUCAUUUCAUAAAUUCUACAAACAGCAUUACGCAAACUGAAAGUACUAGUACAGAAAUGAAUAUACCGUUAAAUACAUUGUUUGACAAUCAAAUUGGAUCUGAAGUUAUUGUCCGGGUAGCUGAAAGUCCAACAGUUACACCAUCUUACAAAUAUUCUAAAAAUUCUUCUUUGGCUCGAAGACAAUCUUUCAACAAUAGACUAAAGAAAAAACGGCUACGUCAAAAAAUUAACACAACUGAACUACCCGAAGAAGACUUUUUAAAGCAUUUAUUUUCCACGAGCAAUGUAUCCUUUGCGUCAGAAUUUACAACGAGAACACAAACAACAAACCCUGCUGUAAUGACUGAAUAUAAAGAAAAAGACAUAGAGCUUGCAGAUUUUAUUACAACACGAAGUCCCAAAACUUCAAGUAAUAGAAUGAGGUCACCGAUAUUUUCAACAACGACUGAACUAUCACCAGAAACUACGGAAAGUUUUACGGAAGAAACAGCCAAAGUCGAAAUCGAAGAAAUUUUGAACGACACUCAAACGAGUGAACGAUUAUCAAAAAUACUAAUGGAAAGGAAUAUGUCUUUAAAUGAAUUAGUGGCACACCGAGAAAGAGGUUCAAGUCAUGUCCAUUUAGCUGAUAUUUUCCACAAUGCUUCUAAAGAACCAAAUCCGCCAGAACCAUUUUUAUCUAAAUCUCUUAUAGAACCAAUUUCUAAAGAGACUUAUCCUCUAAGAGCUAUAUUAGAAGCAAAUUCACAUGAAGCAACUGCAAAAACGACAACAGUCUAUCCAAAUUUAGCAUCGAAUCACGCCAACAUUCCACUCGUUUUAGAUUUCGGUAACAAUGUUAACGAAAACGCUGAAAAUAUGGGUAUAAUGUCUUUGUUUCAAAAUUUGACAAAUGCUAACCUAAUUAGUAAAAAUGAACAAUUUAAGAAGAUCCCUGAAGGCAUCAAACAGUUGAAUGAUACUGGGGAGACAGUAAGAGAAGGUCGGAUCCUGACUGAAAGCAAAGAAGAUAAUAUAGUGAAUUGGAAUCAAAUAUUUACAAUGAUGAGAAACAAUUAUGGAAAUCAAUCGAAUGAACAGCAUUUGCAAGAAGAAACAUCACCUGCACAGCCUAGUUUAAAACCUGUUUCAGAGGAAGACGUAGAUGGCGAUGGUUUGAUUGUUCUAGAAGAUUUGCAACAUCUACGUGAGCUGACCGGCAAUAUUUCACCCGACUACCAAAGUUUCAGUUCUUUUGAGAGAACCGAAUCGUCGCAUGGAGGGCAUGAGAGUAUGUCGAGUCAAACGAAAUCUGUGACAGUUGCUACUGCAAGCAUAGCAGGAUUAGGGAUAGUAUUAUUUUUAUUAACUUACGCUGUUUUUAAAUGGAAGCAUCAAAAAUGUAUGAAUCAUGGAAAUUCUACUGUUUGCGAUCAGAAGAUACCUACACCGGUAUUUGAAUGCAGAAAAAUUCAAAGAAACUCGAGCAGUACCCGGAGUGUCAGUCCAAUGCUUUCAUCAAAUAUUUACACAUUGAAUACAUUGGAUUCUCGUAACGGAAAAGAAUCUCCGGAGUACAUGUGGGAUUCACUGAGAAAGCCUUUUCAAUAAUUAAUUUCUUAAUCUAUUAAAUAUUAUGUUAGUAUAUUUAAUUUAAAACUAGUGACCUGAUUUAUUUAAAGAUCUGAUAAACAAAGAAAAUGAUGUUUUUAUUUUGUAUUCAGAUUAAUGUAGUUCAUGUUAUCUUAAUUUUCAGUAUUAAAUGUUUGGAUUGUUUA